UACCAAUAUUAUUCAAUAGGUUUUGUAGUUUGUUUUCAGUAUAUUUAUGACAGAAGUUAAUUAUGGCUUUUUCCGGUAUAGAAGUGUCCCAAGCGACGAAAGACAUAUUUGACAAAAUAAUGAAUCUGCGAAAAAAGGGGAAAAUGCCUGGUUGUGUGUUUAAAAUUGUUCCUCAUGAAAAGAACAUAAAACAGAACAGCAUUGAACCGGUUGAAGGAAGCUUCCAAGAAAAUAUAGAGACAAAUGGACUUGAGUUUUUCAAAGGCCCAUAUUUCAAAGAUGAUGAAUGCUGUUACCUGCUUUACUAUUCUUCAAUUGCAGCCGAAGGUAAAAAAGAAAAUCCAAUCCCCCUUUUAAUACAUUGGUCUCCGGAUGCUGCCAAAAUCAGAUACAAGAUGCUGUCUGCAAGCUCUUUAGACCACAUGAAGUCUGCUGUAGAAAAAGCUCAGAUCAAUGGUUGUCAUUGUACGAGUUUCAAUACUAAAAAUGAUGUCAGUUUGAAUGGUUUAUCAAGCUUGAAGUGCUUGGGUACAUCACGACCCGUGAUUUUGGAUGGAGUGAGAGUGAAAAAAAUUAAAGGAGGAGAGUACGAGGAAGACAAGUCUGAGGAUGAAUAAAUGUUGUUCAUUAUACCGUUGAACAUUUACAUAGUCCCGUUAAUCGCAUAAUUCUGAUAUAGACAAUUUUAUGUACAGCUCUUAUGUGAAAAUUCCAAAUUAAGUGGCAUAUUCAUUGUUUUUUGUUCAGUUACAAAUAUGGCUUUGCAGACUACAUACAUACGAGACUGUUAUCUGGCAUUCCCAAUCAUGUUGAAUACAUCUUCAACUCGACAAUUUCCCUUUUCUCCUGAAAGCAUAUGUUUUCUCUACACUUUACUGGAAUAGUUUAUAUGUAAUUACAUGCCUUUAGAUGUCUCAAAUACUCUGCAUAUCAUCAAAUUUAGAGACUUUUGACAAUUGUGACAUAAGCUCUAGCAAUGGUAGGUUGAACCAUCGGGUCUGAAUUUUAUUCUGUUCGAGGUUUAUGUUCAACACGAGCAUAGUUAAUCCCAAAAUGGCAAAGAGUUUUGAAGGCUCAACUAUGCAAAAUGGGAAUGCCACACCACACAAAUCCCUGUGGUUGUUAUUAUUUCUAAUAUUAUGCUGCUGUUGUAAUUUCUUGUGAUAUUCGGACAAAUGGAAUAAAAUUAGUUUAACCAG